UUAGCCAUACAAAGGAGCUUUUAAUUGCACUUCAGAGCUUUACUUAGGGGUCAAGGGAGGACAAGAGUCAUGGCACAUGGAUCAUACGAUUUCACAAUGAGAAAGAAAUAUUUCACAUGCCUUAAAAGCUGCUACAGCUGACGCUUGGAAAAGUUAAAAAAAAUAAAUCUUGAGGCUUCCUUCCAAAUCAUAACAUCACACUCACUGAGCAUGGCCAACAAAACACUCAGGCAUCCCCCUCAGCAUGCAUCUUCUCAGGACUGAGGUUCUCUCAGUAACUUCUACACUGCUGGUUACCAACUGUUACUGACUUCAAAACUUUGCUCAAUUUGCCAGGAAGGACAGGAGCUAGUGCCUUUCAUUUCAAAGACGUCUCCCAUUCAAUUCACAAUUAAAAAAACAAAACAAAGAUGACUGAAACUCUUCUACUGAAUGUUUCCUCCUCAAACCAGAGUGAAAACAAGAGCAACUCAACUAUUUGCCCAGACUUGAAUAACUGGUGGGAAAUCGUGUACUAUAUAUUACCCAAGUAUAUCGACACCAUCUGUGUUAUUGGGAUGCUUGGAAAUGCGUUUGUCCUCUUUGUUUAUUCACUGCACAAAGGCCCCCUGAAGAUAGCUGAAAUCUACCUUAUGAACCUGACUGUUGCGGAUCUGAUCUUCCUCAUGUGCCUUCCAUUCUGGACAAAGAACAUCAGGAAUGAAUUUAACUGGCCAUUUGGCAAUUUCCUUUGUCGCAGCACCAGCGCAUCCCUCAGCCUGAACCUGUACACCAGCAUCUACUUGCUGGUGGCAGUCAGCACAGAUCGCUAUUUGACUUUUGUUCAUGCCUUGAACCACAGAGGGGUGCGGAGCAAAGCCAUGGCCAAAGGGAUCUGCUUGCUCGCCUGGUUCUUCGGCACCCUUCUCAGCAUCCCAACCUUUACAUUUCGGACUGUGAAACACUUUCCCUUGUGGAAUAUUUCAGCAUGCACUUUAGACUUCCCCACCCCAUCAUGGGCAAUAGCUGAAAGAGUGGUAUUCAACACCGUGGGGUUUGCAUUGCCAUCUGCAGCAAUCAUCUUCCUUAACUUCUCUACCAUUUGCACUCUUAAGAAAACCGCAAGAGAACAAAGAGCGCUCAGAGCAAAGUGUUCUAAGGGGCACAAAAGCACGAAGGCUACCAGGCUGAUCUUCACAGUGGUACUGAUGUUUCUUUUGUGCUGGACUCCUUAUCAUUUCUUUGUAUUCCUUGAUAUAUUACACAAGAAAGAAGUAAUCAAAGGCUGUUUCUGGGAGGAGCUGAUCAACUUUGGUGAGCAGUUUGGUUAUACCCUGGCUACCACCAACAGUUGCAUUAACCCUGUGAUUUAUGUCUUUGUUGGGAAAUACUUCAGGCAAAAGGCUUUAGGAGUCUUUUCACAGUUCAUUCCCUGUGGAUUCCCUUUGAACUGGUUGUCAUUCAAAGAGAAGUCUUUGUAUUUGAACACGUUUCCAAUCAGGAGUAGUUUAACCUAAUGGCUCUCGGUUCCAUUUGCAUUUUGAUAUUACAACUCACUUCAAAUGGCAUUAAAAAUCAAUAAGAACGGCACUGGUCUGGCACCCAUAGCCUAAGAUGGUUAUUUAUUGAUGCAAAUCACUUGACUGCUUAUUUGUCCUCAGCUUUGCUUUUCUUUUUCUGUUGUCUAUCCAAAGGCAUGACGUGUGGUAUCAGAAUUUUAUACCAAACGAUCUAACCCGACUUCAACGAAAAGCUCUUUGACAAGAUACCGAAUUCUGGCUUCUUUGCACAAAACCAUAAGCUGGCUGAGCAUUUCACUGCAUUGUAUCCGUGAUGCCAACUACUCCACCACUAUUUUAUGUACUUCAGGUGUAUGUGUGCAUAUUUAUGUAUACCUGUAUAUAUGUAAUGUUCAUAUUAUGUACCAUCUUAUGUAAUUUUAUACAAAUUAUAACAUGUAUUACAGAACAAAUAUGAUCUUAAUCUUGAGAUGAUAGCUACAUCUGAGCAAUUAUAGAAUAGCUCCAGUUAUUUUAACAAUGAUUUAAACAGUUUACACUCUCUCAGUAACAUAUGGAAAACUUCAAUAGUUUUUUGUGCAUUUCCAAUAUAUUCAGUACAUAAAUAUUGUACAAGGGAAAGCACCACAAAGAAAGUGUACGUAAACUGAAAAACAAGCAAAGCAAACCAGCAUGGUCCUCAGAAAUCAGAGGUGUGUUUGAUCCAGUAAAAUGUUACACAAUUCUUCAUCAAGUGUGUAAAGAUACUUUUUGUUUUUAACACAGGAAAAUCUUCCUGAUAGCCAUUGAUUCUGUAUUGUUUUGGACAAUCCUUAGGUACAUGUUUCUGUUUUUAGGACUCAAAAUUAAUAAACUGCAUAGCAUUUCACCAUUUUACACCAUCA